ACUGACAAAUGGUUGGGGGACUUCGAGGCACAUCGAGUACUUCCUGACGACCUGCCUCCUGUGAGUGAGCUCGAAAAAUUCCUCCUUGGUCCUCUUCCAGUAAAGAUCGGUGUGCCUCCAGGACUACUCGACGUCUGGUACUCGGUAACCAGAAUUGAAUCAAAGGUGCUGAAGAACACGUUUGAGUCCUCAAGAUCGAAACCUUGCGUGACAUUCCUGGAGCGAGUAUGGCAUCACUCGGUGUAUGUUCCACAAGUACCGGCUUCUGCCACGAAAACGGGAUGCAUUUGGUUCUGGGACAGAGCAAUUCGUCAAGUCCUCGACUUUGCAUUACUUGGUGCCAAUAAGUGGAGUACCCGAUUCUCACUUCAAGCUCCAUUCAACGGGUCCACCCUUCCAGACUUUACCUUGUUUAUUGACUCCAUUUGCGUCCUUCGAGGUGAAGAACAGGGUCCCUCGGAACCGAUC